GGCAACGGAGCCGCCCGUGCGGUCCCGGAGAGCCCCGGCUGCGCCUCCCCCCAUGGCGGGCCCGGCCGGGCGGGCGGCGGGCGGGUGGCCCCGGGAGCUGGGCCUCACCUUCGUGGUCGGGAUGCGGGCGUGCGCGGGCCCCGCCGCGGGGUUCCUGAAGGAGCGCCUGGUGCGGAGCCUCUUCCUGCUGGCCGGCGGCCCCACCGGCGCCCUCUUCAACGUCGUGGCCUUCUCCAGCAAGGUGUUAAAAUGGUGCAACUGCCUAGUCAGAUGUUCGCUCAGUAGCGUCACUGAAGCCGCAGCCUGGGUUCGAUCCCUGAGGUUUGAGAACGGCACGAAUGCUGCGAGCGGCUUGGCUGUGGCGUUUGAGGACCCGGCCUGCCAGUCGGUGUAUCUGUUCACUGACGUACUCCCUGAGCAAGACUCGGAGGAAAUCUGCCAACUUCUCACGGAGAACAAGUUGUGUCCAGUACACGUUGUAUGCCUUCUGGGAGAUUCAGAUGAUCGUGAAAGAAGCAAGCAAAAAACAAUGGAAAAAGUAGCCAGACAAUCAGGGGGGUCCUUUCAAGCGAUCAGACUCCUCCCUUCUGAAAAGGUAAGCUCCAUGUCCAUCUCACAUGUCCAGUGUUGUCACACAGCUAAUAAAGAUCCCCGUGGCUCUCUGCUGGCAAGAUGUCCAGUCACAUACUUUCCUGUUUAUGCUUGGAACCCGGAUUCCCUUUGUAUGCCCUUGAUAUCCUCAGCAAAAAGGAAUUUCAUUGAUUCAUCCCCAGAGGCUUCCAAGUUCAUGAGGGGGGCUCGUGUGUUGGCAAGGAGAGAAGCUGAUGGCUAUUACUACCUGGGCCACAUUGCCCAAGAGGUAAAGAGCUCCAGGGAACGCUUUUUAAUUGAGUUUGACAAAAGUCACACUCUGAAAGGCAAGGUACAGCUUCGCAUGCAGGAAACACCUCUCUAUGACAUUCUCCACUACGAAGAUGCCAGGCAACAGCCUCUUGCUCCAGGAGACAGGGUCUUGGCGCCAUGGGAGGCUAGAGCUGAGCGUUUUGGCCCAGGCACUGUGCUAAAGGUUAUGGAGAACAAGGAGUCACGUUUAGGAUACAACAGAAGGGGAGUGCUUGUGAAUUUCUGGAAUGGACGGACUAAGGAGGUGUCUUCUUACCAAGCUCUGCGGAUCCCUCUGCCCUUAAGCGAACGCAUCAUCCUAGAACUGCAAAUGCCUUUAGCAGCCAGGCAGAUGGUGGUAGAUUCAAGCUUGGAUUACCCAUACAUCGUGACACCAGGUUAUAGAGCCUCAGGCCAUUACAGACAUGGUCACACAGACCUGGACUACUGGCCAAGGGGUCUGUAUUCGACUCAGCCAUGUGCUAAGUGCAGCUGCAGGUGUACCUCGCUUCCCCAUUGCUGCCUUGAAGCCUGGGAACCCACGCGGCCUACAGGGUGCAAAGUGCAGCAGGAAGAUGCCUUCAUCCCAGGAACAAGCUUGCCUAAAGAAGAGGUCAGCAAGAAAAUAGAAGAGCAACUGUCUAAAGUGAGGAUUUCGACUUCAGAAAGUGUUUCCAGAGAGGAAGAGAAAAAGGAAAAUAAGAGAUUGAAGACAGAAAACAUUUCAAAAGAUGUUAAGUCUUGUUUGGAAGAGGACAAUGAUGUUGUAGAACCUAAGAAGAGUCCUCAGAGGGAGAUGGUUCAUGCCAUGGUUGAUACUGCUGUCAACACAGACAGCUGCUUAAUGGAGACAGUCUACAAGGAAGAAGUGGACAGCAGACAGCAGGAUGCUGAAACCAAGGCUGAUGUUAAACACGAACAUGGUCUCUCUGAGUCCAGAGUGGCAGAAGCUCCAAUCCCACAUUCCCAAAGGAGCCCUUCUCUGGGAACCUGUGCUUUGGUUCCUUUCAGGCGCCAAAGCUUCUUUGACCGAGUGAAUCAAUCACUAGAGAAAGAUAGCCUGACCAUCAAAUCAGCUCUACAUGUGCAGAGACCACACAGUACCUCCAGUGCGCAGGCUAGGAGAUCCAUAAAUCUUCUAAAUCUUCCAAAAGACAAAAGCAUUACAAAAUCAAUUUUUAAUGGUGCAUCUCAGGAGAGAUGGAAAGAGAUGGACUUCAGCAGAGCCAAGAUUGAGCACAAAAGGUGGCAAGAGAAACAGAGGCAGCUGAAGAGGGAGCAGCAGCAAGAGACAGAUGGCAUCCGACGCCAGCUGCGCAGGGACAACCAGAGGCAGCGAUUGCGUCAGAGAACAUUGCAAGGGCUGAAGAAACAGCUGGAGCACGAAGACAGAGCUUUGCAGCGCAUGGCACUGCUCCAGGCUGCUGGGGCAGAGAGGAGCAGGAAGGAAUCUUUCUUGCCAGAGGAGGAGAAAAGGAAGGCAAAUCAGAGGAUGCAGUUCUUAAAGACGCAGCGUUUGCACAGAGAGAAGUCGCAGGCAUUACACAAUGAAAGGAGCUUUGAACAAGAGAAAGAAAGGCUGGAUUUUCUCAGGAGCAGAAUGCAGUCACGGCAGGAAAUGUUGGAACAGGAAUCACAGGAGCUGGAUAGGCAACAAAACCAACACCAGGCUGCAAAAGGGAGAGUGUUCCAGAGCAGGGAGCGUUCACGCCAGAAGAUGGAAAAAGGCGGCCAAAAACUCUGUGACCUCCAGCAGUACCUCAGAGAACAGAACCUCUUGAUGCUCCGAGCAUCACUGCUAGCGUAAGGAAGCUGUGGAGUGCGUGAGCAGGUCCUCGAGCAGUUCACAGACCUGCUCUGGAUCUUGUAGGUGUGAGUCAGUGUGCUGGAGCUUGGGUGCUUGAGUGCAGUUGUGGCAAGUGGAAUUAUGAUUCCCGGAGAAGUCUUUACUCUCCCUUCCAUUGCAGCCAGAGUACCUUUUCACCGCUCCAUCCUUUACAUACCUUUCUUUCUGGAGUUACUACUCUAGUCCACCUCUGCCAAGUGAAGGGGUGGAAGUGCAGGCACAGGUUACGUCCUGCUCAUACAAGCCUGCAGGGAAAUCAAAUACAGGCCUGAAAAGGCUUCCGCUGCGGAACUCUGGGAACUUUCUGCCCUGCCGUGGUUCUUCCAGAGCAGCGCCAGAAGAGCACAUUUCUUUGAGGUCAAGGACCACAUAAAAUAGGAAGUGUAGUUAUGCGAUGCUGUCGUACAACUUACCUUGCUAUGUUAGCGUUACAUGAAAUAUGGGGAAGGAGAGCUGGAGACCAGCUGGAUGUUCAAAAAAAACCCAAACAACUGCAGCAAUGAAAAUGUACAUGCUAAAAUGUAAAUUAUCCCCUGCAGUUUCCAUUAUUAACAACUGACUCUUCCAAGCGUCCCAUGGCACAUGAGUUGCAGAGAUCCAUAGGGAAGGAGUCCCCAUACAUAUGACACAGUUGCGUUGCUUCCUGCCAAACUGCUUCAGAGGACAGGGCAGGGAUCCAGUGACGUGAGGGGGGCUUCAGAAAACCUGGUAAGACAAAUUGGAACCCUCCAGCUUGGGCUUCAGGUAAGUGUAGAUCUACUACUGGCAGGGUGUGUGUACUGCUUGGAAUACGUAGGCCAUUCCUCUAGAGGAAGAAUGACAUAGGAACCCAAAAUGCAAAAAGGAAGAUUUUUUUUUUUUCUGGUGACAAGCUACCCUUUCUAGGCAUUCUAGACAAAAAUGCCUGUCUUUUUGGAAAAUCACCAAACCCAGUGGUGGGCUUGGGGGUCUGUUUUGGUUAUGCUCUCACUUUCACGCUGGUUGUCUCCAAAAGCAGGUAAUUUUAUGUCACAAAGAUACUCAGAUGUAGGGCGCCCAGUCAGGAUAAACAGACUUUUUGUUCACCAUGAAUAAAUGAGGAGAACAUUACAAAGACAAAUGAGUUUGUAAAUUGACAAUUAACAAAUUGUGUAAGAAACCGAGGUAGCCAGUAGUGCUAUAGGAGGACAGAGUACCCCAUUCAGGCUAUAGGGUAAAACAUAGUUACCACCUGAGUCCACAAUGCAACAACUUGCUCAUGACUUCCAUGAUUUUGUAAGUAAGUGGAUUACUGACUUCCAUAGUGAAGCAUGUGGUGUCAGCCACAACUGCGGACAAGCUACUGGCUUCUGCCCUCUCCUGAAAGGAAACGGGCACUUCAAGAGACAGUUUUCUGCAGCAGGGGAGAAGAGGGGUUUUUAAUGCACUCUGAUUAGCAGAGGUGCCUUCCUUCACAGAGGGGAGGAGGAGGUUAUGCUUGUCACAUCCUAAAGGGCUGUCCCUCUUCCUCAUAUCAUCAGAGGCACCAAAUAUAGCAGCUGUGUCACAGAGAAUGUUCUCAGCUUCGGGCAGCCAGAAAUGUAAUGUUCUUUUCACGUUGGUAUUAAGGAAAGGAGAAUGGACAUGGCAGAAUUUGCUGGAGCGGAGUCAGAGCUGUAUUGAAGAGUAUUUUUAUUACACAAAAUUAUGCUAAAAUAUAUAUAAUAUUUGAGAUGAUACCUUGUUUUAAGUGAUACCUAGAGCCAAACUAUUUAAAUAACAAAAUUUAAAUGUUGCUACCUGCCAUUCUGUGUGCACUUAGAAAUGUUACACAUUUUCUGGCACAUCAUUCAGCAAAAAGCAUGAGUAUUAUAAAAAGUUACCCCUUUUACAGGAUCACAGCACUGGUGAUAACAGCCAUUUCUAAAUAAAAAAAAUUACAAAAACUUUUAAAAGGGAGCUCCUUUGAAAUUCUGCCAAAUCUUUUGAAUGACCAGCAGUUUCAGACUGCGUUCCUCCAGAGAUAACUGAGAGGUUAUGCUUUCAGCUUUCCCCAAGAAGACAAAGUUAAUCUCUCAUCCAGAUGUUUACAAACUAUUCUAAGGCCUUAAUAGCUGAAAGGGGUAAUUUUAACUUUAGGAUCCAUAAUACACAUAAACCUUCCUGAGAUUUUUGGUUUUUCAAAAAAGGAGGAGGAAAGAAAGAUGAACCUAUUAAAGAGAAGACUUUGACAUUUUGUUUGUUUAAAUUAAGGCCUGAAAAAAUUAUAACUUGCUGCAUAUAUGAAAAGUACAUGUGAAGCACAGUUUUGCAUUUUAGACAUGGAAUUCUAUCAUUUGGUUUAAGCUCUGUUUAGCCUCUGGAAAAGUUGGCUUAAGUGUGCUCAGCAAGAACACGGGUGGCUGUGCCCAUGACCUGCCUAACUGAUGGACCCGGCCCAGGCUGCACACACCGCAUCUGAGUGCUGCACCGGGCACCCCUACCCACCCAGCUGGGUGGAAACGGGAGGGGGCACACACACUGCUGAGUGGAAGUGGGUGCUGGCAGCACAUGGAGAUUUUCUUUAAUGUAAGGCUUGGGGGUUGCUUGCUUUUCUGAGUUCUCUUCUACGCAAAAUCGUGCUAGUUAGGACAAUAGUGUACCUAGUUACGAGUUUACUAGUCUAACCAGACUUAGAGAAACAAGCCUAAAACUUAAAAGAUAUUAAACUCUACUGCUGCUUUCAUCCUUAAGCAUUUUGAAAUGGAACAUGUAAUGAUUAAUGGAAAGUACAUGAAAUAUAUUAGGCAGAAUCUCAACUUAUUUUUCAGAUUUCAUUUAUAUAUCAUUAAUCAUUAUUUUAUAAUCACCAUAAACCAGCAGAUUGUCUGCUUAUGUACUUUCUCUUUAUUGCUUAACCAUCUGAAAACAGACCACUGCUGCAAUUUCACAUAUAGUAUAUCUGGGAAUAGAUUUAGUAUUACA